UCUCCACCUCAUUAAUAAAACAAUAAAUUAUUACCGCGUCUGAACGAUUUUUUCACACGCCAUUCCAAAUUUCUUUCUUCCCUAAACGGACACUCCAGGAAACUACUCAGAAGCAUCUUUAAACCGCUUAAUUACAGAGUCCAUUCCCAUAUAUAAACACCCAAAUCCGUCUUCAUCUUCUCCAUUCCAUUAUUAUUUCUCUCUCAUUCUUCGAUUAUUAUUUGAUUUCUCAGUAAAAAACAAAUCAUGGCGUUUCGUAUCAGCAACAAUCUGGUCGGAAUACUCAACUUCAUCACUUUCCUUCUCUCGAUUCCGAUCUUAGGCGGUGGAAUAUGGUUGAGUAACAGAGCAAGUACUGACUGUGAGAAAUUUCUGGAGAAACCGAUUAUAGCAUUAGGAGUAUUUCUCAUGAUCGUAUCGCUCGCUGGUUUAAUCGGUGCUUGCUGUAGAGUUUCGUGGUUACUAUGGGUUUACUUGUUUGUGAUGUUUGUGUUGAUUGUGUUGUUGUUCUCGUUUACGAUUUUCGCUUUUGUUGUGACUAACAAAGGUGCUGGUAAAAUUACUAGCGAAAGAGGUUAUAAGGAGUACAAACUGGGAGAUUAUUCUAAUUGGUUGCAGAAAAGAGUUAGUUCUGAGAAGAAUUGGAAUAGGAUUAAGAGUUGUUUGAUUGAUGGGAAAGUUUGUAAGACUCUUUCUGAGGAAACUAAUGUUGAUGCUACGCAGUUUCUAAAGAAGCAUUUGUCUCCUAUUCAGUCUGGUUGUUGUAAACCACCACAAGAAUGUGGGUUUCAGUACAAGUCUGCAGCAGUUUGGGAUAAUCCCGGCAACACCACCUCAGCAAACCCUGAUUGUGCAACUUGGAAAUCUGCUCCUUCUACUGCUCUAUGUUUUGACUGUCAAUCUUGCAAGGCAGGAGUCCUUGCGAACUUGAAGAAUGACUGGAAGAAGGUUGCUGUCCUGAACAUCAUUUUCCUCAUCUUCCUGAUAAUUGUUUACUCCAUUGGAUGCUGCGCAUUUAGGAACAACAGAGAAGAUAAUGCUUAUCCUAGAUGGAAGGGACACGCCUAGAGGACUCUAAUAUCUCCUUCUCACAUGAAUAUCAUCAGUUAUAUAUCACAGCUGUUCCAUACUUCAUUCCUAGAAAUAGUUAGAUCUUUUGUUACUUUGAAAACAUGGUUCUGUGAGUUUGUAGAUACCUACUUGGAUACGAGUUUCAUUUGAAACGUGACUAUGUAGUAGUAGUUGAUUUGGAUCCUCAUACUUCAACUUAUCUUCUAUAUGUUGUGGAUUUCAUUGUGAGUUUUGUUUUGCAUUUUACAUUUUGUUGCAGACAACA